AUGGGUGUGGUCCCCACCGACGAUGAACUAACAAGCGCCGUACGCUCGCUGAGAGCAUCGAAUGCCACUUUGGGUGUACCAAAACUUCUCUCAGCCCUUAUAGCCUCCCAACCGGAAUGGUCGGUCAGCGAGAAGCGCUUGCGGAAGAUUGUGCAGAAACUGAAGAAUGCAGAAGAAAGUAAUGCUUAUCCUACUUCGAGCUUGAACUCUGCGCUGGACGUAUCAAAAUACUCCAAAAAGAUUAAAACGACUGUGUUUGGUGAAGAGAAAGGGAAAGGAUUAAUUGCCGCGCAGGAUAUAGAUGCCGGCGAGGUGCUUUGGCGCGAGGAUCCCUUCGUAUAUGCACCGCCCUGGGAAAUCUACGAAGCACAGAUGGCAGGUACCGCAUGUGCCUAUUGUAGUCGGGCAUUUACCCCCACUAAUCCUCCUCUACGGGUCCGAUGCCCGCAUGGUGAGCAAUCCAUCACUGCUGCAACUCCACCAACGAGGCACUGUCGCGGAACCUUCUGUUCUCGUCUUUGUCUCGUAAGAUCUGGGAGCAAUCACUCUCUGCUAUGCUCGGUCGCAAACCCUGCAUGCCUUGAACUACUAGACCUCUUGGAGAAAGAGCGCUGGAAAGCCGCACUCACAUUCACACAAUGUGUCGUGAGAAUAUUAUCAGCCUGGCAAGACGAAACACGAGGUGGCUCUAUAAAGGACAAAGGAGGGUCCAACAGUUUGGGCGACCAGAACCUUAGCAGCAGGGAUGCGAUUUGGGAUACCUACAGAAGUUUUGCAACGUUGCGAAAUGACCGAAGGUGGUCUCAUACCAGCGAAAACGACCUCGCGCGGAGUCAGUUGGAAAGCACCUACAAGCGUCUACACCUCGCUCUCGUCAAUGCUUUCUAUCUUGCACCCACGGGCGAUCAGGAAAAGGAGGUUUCACAUUCUUCAGCUACCUCAACGAGUAUACCAACCCCAAGCAGAUCCACAGUCGGCACAAAACAAUUGAAACGAUUGCUUCGGAUACCCGUUCCCCAAGAGAUACUGGGCUCGCUCUUUUCCUGGGAUGGCCUUAUGGAAGGGUUGGGUAAAAUGAAUCUCAAUCUCGAAUCUCACGGCGGCCUUUUCCCACUUCAUUCCCACCUUAACCAUGCCUGUAGGCCCAACGUUUCCAUUCGGCACAUUUCUUCGGACGGAUCCACUACAUCGAUCCUGCAUUCACCUAACCCUUCUCGAAUCACUGCCAUCGCAACCUCUCGAAUUCCUGCUGGGGAGGAGCUGGUGGUGUCUUAUGUAGACCCUAGUCUAGGCCUUCAAGCUAGGAGGCGCGAACUCAGAGCCUGGGACUUCGGCGUCUGUAAAUGUGAAAGAUGCCUCGAGGAGGAGAAGGUGGAUUCCGAGCGCCCAGAAUCCCAUGACAGUAAGGCAAAAGUCGGAGAUGACGGCGGGAAGGGUCCAAAAGACUUGGAAGAUGAAAUUCGCAAUUUCUUGGGUGUCUAA